AUGAGGGCCCAACAAGAUGAUGGUAAUAGUCGCGCAAGAGAGCUCUUUCAUUAUUUCCAGCCCGACAAUCCGGCACUAGUCCCGGCCCAAUGUAAAGUCCAUUCCAAAUGCGCCACCGUCAAAAGCAGCCCGAAUUUGGUCUUGACGGCCUUGGCCCAGCUGGCUGCGAUCAAGCUAGGAGUUCAGCGAACAGUUAUUAGUUUAAUCGAUCGGGAAACACUAUACGUGGUAGCCGAAGCAACACAAUCACUUAGUCUGCGCGAACAUGAUUCGUUCGAUUCUGGAGAAUCUCUCUGGUUAGGUUGUUCUCAUGGACCGCUUGCUGGAACGUUAUGCGAGAAAACGAUCGCACUAAAACAAACUUCAGAUAAAGAUUGUCCUUUCUAUAUUGUGGACGAUCUCGAGAAGCAUCCGACAUUUCGUCAUAUACCAUGCGUCUCCGGUCCGCCUCAUUUCCGUUACUAUGCCGGUACACCAUUGAGAACACCCAGCGGCAUCAACAUUGGUAGCCUCUAUGUGAUUGAUCCCCGGCCCAACUUGCACCUAAGCCAAAACCAAAGGCAUAUGUUUGGCGAUAUUGCAGCCGCCGUGAUCGAAUAUUUGGAGACGUCUCGCCAGUCCUUGGAGGCCGACCGCUUGAAUAGACUACUUUCGGGAUUAAACACAUUCGUACAAAGUGAUGAAGACUCUGAUACUUCUACCAAUGCACAAAGAGAGGUUCUUGAUGGCAAACCCUCUUCUCAUCUGUCAGUGCCCAUUCAAACUUCAGAAAAGGUGUCAGAAGAGCAAAAUCCCAACGAUACAAAAAGAAGCAGAUCGUUAGCCCCGAGCAAUAGCGACUCACUCAGUAGUGCAAGUAGGGUCACAUCUGCUCCGCCACUGAUUCGAAAAGUAUCGCAUCAAAAACAAAAACAAAAUACUACCCGGGCGCAGCAAACCUUUCAACGUGCAGCCAAAAUCAUGCGAAAGAGUUUAGAUGUUGGCGCCUCUGGUGGCGUUAUUAUCGUGAGUACGAACGAUGGCGUAGAUGAGGUCAUCACCAACGACAGCGAGGACGAGGACGACCGAGAGCGAAAAUCAGCCAAAGUCUGGGGCCAUUCAUAUCCGAAUGAAAAUGACCCAUACCCAGCGGCAUAUAUGGAUUCAUACUUUGUGCGCCAAAUGAUAAGACGUCACCCACGAGGAGGUCUUUGGUAUUUCGACAAUGAAGGAUUGUCACCUUCUUCUGACGACGAUGGGACUAGCUCAGGAAGUAGCAGAGAUUCGGCUGACCUGCCUCCACCAUCAAUGCCAAUUUAUCCGCAAUCAAUAAAAUCGUUGCGUGAGAAAGAUCUCCAGUCGAUGAAAAAAUACUUCCCCAGUGCAUCGAGAAUCAUGUUUGCCCCGCUCUGGGACUCUCUGAAUUCACAAUGGUUCGGUGGCUGCUUCUGCUGGAGUGGUAGCGAGACUCGUGUCUUCUCUGCACAUGUUGAUCUAGGCGGUCUCUUUGGGUUUGGCGCCUCUUUGAUGGUUGAACACAGCCGAAUUCAAAGUCAGGAGUCAGCGAAGCAGAAAGGCGACUUCAUCAGUACCAUCUCCGGCUUUACAGACAUGAAAUGCGGAGUCCACUACACGGGAUUCUCGCAUCGAAUGAGUUCCUUGCUGAACACAUACAAUCUGAAUUUGCCAAAAGACUGCUCGAUACAAUUCGUGCCUGCGGCCAAACCCCUACUCGAUACCUUUGAGCAAAUCCUCGAUUUCACUAAAAUUAACUCCUUUGAAAGGGCACUCAAGGCGCCUUCUCACUCAAAUCGAGGCAUGCAGCGAAGACUCAGCGGCGAGAACAAUCGAUCGCAUCCAUUGCACAUUCUCAAGUCGGUAGAUGUCGUUGCUGUCGUGGAAGAUGCCGUCGAGAGUGUCUACUCUGGACAGAUGACAUCACGUGUAAUGAAUGGGGCGAGUAUAUGGCAUCUGGACCAAACGAAAGCGGAAGGUGGCGAUGUCGAAGAAGUCUCCGCUGCUGGGGUGUUGGACGUGAUCAUCAAUGUCACUCCACAGAACUGGUUCUAUAUCUUGGAAGCCGGAGCUUUGAGACGCAUUAUAAUGAACGUAUUCGGAAAUGCAUUGAAGUACACGGAGAAGGGCUCCGUCUCUCUACACAUCGAUCUGCAGAAAACGAAGAAAGGAGGUCCCAUACUUCUUUUGACGAUUUCUGAUACAGGCAAGGGUAUGUCGAAUGAGUACCUUAAUUCAAAGGUUUUUACUCCAUUCUCCCAGGAGGAUCCCUUAUCUCCUGGUGCAGGGUUGGGACUUUCUCUCGUUCGCGAUAUUCUCCGAUCGCUGAAUGGCAGUAUUGUUGUCAAAAGUCAACUCGGAAUGGGCACGGUUGUCAAAAUCAACUUCCCACUUACACAGCCUCAACAAAGCAGGCUUCAUGAUCCCCGCUCUCUGGUUUCCGACAGCUCGGAUUCUACCCAGAGUCACAUCCAAAGUGUCAAGGCAGACCUUGAAGGGAAAACUGCAGAAUAUAUCAAUUUGACGGAUUCUACAUCGAAUAUGCCCUCGUCAUUCCAUAUGAUCAAGAAGUAUCUAACGCAAUGGUUUAGCGUGAGGACUCACAAUCCUUCAUUAACCACAGCUGCCGACAUCCUGGUUGUUGACGAAGCCGACUUGAGUCUCCUUGACAGAAGGACAGGACAUGAAUCGUUGAUCCUUGUUCUGUGUCGUCGAAAACCUAAAUUGUGGUCAACCAUAACUACUGUGAACAGAACUCUCCCAAAUGCAGUGUGGCUUACUCUCCCCUGUGGCCCCCAUCAGCUAGCCCGGACAUUAAAAGCACCUCUCGAAAAUCUUCAACAGAACAAAACUCAUAUCCCUCAUGAUAUCUUACUCCCCGAAUCUCCAGAACAUCGCAGCCCAAUCGAUCAGCCGGGGACUACAGCCUCAUUACAGCAGAACGGAGCACAAUUCACACUUACCCUCCGCGCACCACCAGAAACCUCCGACGCACCGAUGUCACUCCCCGCUCAAAAUACUAACACCCCGAUCCAGCAAAUAAAUGCUCCACCAUUACCAAAUGGGAAGAGUGACCUUCGCAUCCUGUUGGUGGAGGAUAAUGCAAUAAAUCUUGCGCUGCUCAAAAGAUCUCUUUCCCGGAUUCCAACCCAAGUCCUCCACACAGCGAUGAAUGGAAAGGAGGCCGUAGAGGCUGUCCAAAACACUACUGAAGAAUAUCAUUAUAUUUUCAUGGGUAAAAACGCCACAGAUCUCACAAUGCCAGUCAUGGAUGGUUUCGAAGCAACCUCGAAGAUCCGAUCAAUAGAAGCAAAACGACCAAAUACAUCCCCUGCCAAGAUCAUAGCUCUUACAGGCCUGGGGUCUGACGAACACAUCACGAAGGCUUACGGAGCUGGUGUCAAUGUAUUCCUCCGAAAACCUAUAUCUUUCAAGGAUAUCACGAGGCUGUUGGAAGAAGGCAAGUCUGAACUAUAA